AUGGCGCCGAAAAAGGGGAAGAAAAAUGUCAAGAAAAAUGCGACCACGGCCGCCGUCUCGGACAAUUUCGAUGACCUCUUAAAUGAGUUAAUGCCUAUUGGGGAUAAAACGAAAGAGCAUCCGCAGACGCAGGAGGAAGAACCAAAGCAGCAGCAGGAGGAGGAGGAGAAGAAGAAGAAGAAGAAGCAAGAGAAGGAUGUGGAUGCUGCCGCUGCUGCCGCUGCUGCCGCUGCUGCUUAUCUAGCGUCAUUAGGCGUGACUUCGUCCAUUGGAGGUGAGAAAAAGGACGACAAGAAGAAGAAGAAAAAGGGCAAAAAGAAAUCCAAUGUCGACGCUAAGAAGGAUGACGAGAAGAGACCCAUGUCAGCUGCAGCCAAGGCGUUAAUGGAGCGACAGACGGCCUUGAAAGCCGAGCAGGAACGUCUAGAGAAAGAACGUCUAGAGCAAGAACGUCUUGCGCAGGAAGAGGAAGCUAAAAGACUGGCGGAAAUUAAGGCGGAGGAGGAGAUUCGCCGCAAGAAGAAGGAGGCACGCGCUGCCAAGAUUGAACGGCAGAAGAAGGAAGGCACGUAUAUGACUAAAGCCCAAAAGCAAAAGGCAGCAAAGGCUCAAGCGGCAUUGGAGGCCAUGCAACAGGCGGGUCUCGUGCCGGAAUAUGCUGGUGAGAAGAAGACGGUCGUGUAUAUCGAUAACAAAAAGAAGAACAAGAAGAGCAACAACUAUAAAGAGAUUCACUUAAAGAAGGUCGAGCCAAACAAAAUUGUUUUGAAGAAGGAGGAGGCAAUUGAUGAAGAAGAGGAGGCGGAGGACGCCGCAGGGGAACAACAGGAGGAGGCCGAAGCCCCAGACGCGUGGGAUGACGAGGAUUGGGAGGCCAGCGAUGUCGUGGCCUCGCUAGAAGAUAAGCUACAGGAAGCUAAAGAAAGCGCUACUGGUGACAGUGAUGGCGACGAGGAUUUGCUGGUGCUGGAGCAGAAGAAGGAGCAGGAGCGUCUGCGUCAGCAGGGUAUUGCACUAAAGAAGCGUCAGGAGGAGCAGGCCGAGCAGAUGCGUCUGGAGGCUGAGGAGCAACAUCAGCGCUCCAAGGCUAAACUCGAAGCUGAGCGCAAAAAGAAGGAGGCUGCCGACCGUCGUCGCGACCGUGAGGCCGCCGCACGAGCCAAUGUGUCGCUGGACAAUCUGCGCUCGCCUAUUUGCUGUAUCAUGGGUCACGUCGAUACUGGUAAGACGAAGUUGCUCGACAAUAUCCGCAAAACCAAGGUGCAGGAUGCUGAAGCUGGCGGUAUUACCCAACAAAUUGGUGCGACCUUCUUCCCUGUAGAGGCUAUAAAACAGAAGACGGCUCGGCUUAACGAGACAAUGAAGCUGGAUUUCCGGCUGCCUGGUCUGCUUGUGAUCGAUACACCCGGUCACGAAUCGUUCACGAAUCUGCGUAAUCGUGGCUCAUCACUCUGUGAUAUCGCUAUUUUGGUGGUUGAUAUAAUGCACGGUCUGGAGCCACAGACUCUGGAAUCACUGCGCCUGCUGCGCCAAAAGAAGGCACCAUUCGUUGUGGCGCUUAACAAGAUCGAUCGUUGCUAUGGCUGGAAGACGAUGCCCGACAUGCCCGUUCAGGAGGCACUUAAGCACCAGAAUGAGCACGUCAUUCGCGAGUUUGAGGACCGCAUGAAAGCAAUUAUUGUGGAGUUUGCUGAGCAGAAGUUGAACGCCGAGGUCUACUGGCGCAAUAAAGACUUGGCGCACACGGUCUCGCUGAUCCCUACCAGUGCUAUUUCGGGUGAGGGUGUGCCGGAUCUGCUGAUGAUGCUGAUUCGUUUGACGCAGGAGCGUAUGGCAAAGUCAUUGGCGUUCGUCGAUAUCUUGCAGUGUACGGUGUUAGAAGUGAAGGUGAUCGAGGGUCUCGGUACGACCAUUGAUACGAUUUUAGUGAAUGGUACACUGGAAGAAGGCACCACUAUUGUUGUGUGUACAUUAGAUGGGCCUGUUGUGACAACUAUUCGCUCAUUACUGACUCCGCACCCUAUGAAAGAAAUUCGCGUUAAAGGCGAUUAUAUCCACCAUCAAAAGAUGAAGGCUGCUAUGGGUGUGAAGAUUUGCGCGCAGGGUCUUGAGAAAGCUGUUGCCGGUACACAGAUUCACGUGGUUGGCCCAGAUGAUGAUGUCGAGGAGCUAAAAGAUUCUGUCAUGUCCGACCUGACAAGCAUUUUGGACUCGGUGAAGGCUACCCGCCGCGGUGUAUUGGUUCAGGCUUCUACUCUUGGCGCUCUGGAAGCGCUUCUGGAGUUCUUGCGGACGUGUGACCCGCCCAUUCCGGUGUCCUGUGUUAACAUUGGUCCAGUACACAAGAAGGAUGUUAUGCGAGCUUCUGUGCAGCUCGAGCAUCAGCCCGAAUUCGCUACAAUUUUGGCAUUUGACGUGAAGGUCCACAAUGACGCCACUGAGCUGGCAUCCGAGCUUGGCGUGCGCAUUUUCACGGCUGACAUUAUUUACCACUUGUUCGAUCAGUUUACGGCGUACAUGGACAACUUCCGUAUGGCACGCCGUGAAGAAUUUGAAGAGACCGCUGUGUUUCCCUGCGUGCUCAAGAUCCUUCCCGAGUGCGUUUUCAACAAGAAGGAUCCCAUCAUUCUCGGUGUCGACAUUGAAGAGGGUAUCCUUAAGGUGGGUACGCCUCUCGUGGUGCCGUCUGCUGGUGGGUUUCUGGUUGGCAAAGUGGGAUCCAUCGAACGUGAGCACAAGGAGGUGGACCGCGCUAAGAAGGGCGCAUCGGUGGCCGUUCGGAUAGACAACGAAGGCAGCGUCAUGUACGGCCGUCACUUUGACCACAAAAACAAGCUGGUGUCCCGCUUGACCCGUCAGAGUAUUGACGCACUGAAAGAGAAUUUUCGAGAAGAUCUUCAGAAAGAAGACUGGCAGCUCGUCAUUAAGCUCAAGGCGGUGUUUGAUAUCAUUUAG